GUGUGGAGGCGUCGCAGCAACGAGUCGGCCUUCCAGUGGGGCACCAUCGGCAUGACGAGCCUGGACGAGCCGCGGCCCAACUUCCACGGCACCAUGAUGCGCGACACCGUCACGGGCCGGCUGCUGCCGCAGUUCCCGCGCCGCACCACCUCCAUCCGCAUGUACUGCGUGUCGCUGCCCAUCGUGGUGGUCUGCCUGUUCCUCGCCUUCCUGGUCAUGCUGGCGUCCUUCUACGCCGAGGAGCGGCUCACGCAGCUCGCCAAGGACCCCGAGUCGGGCGUCACCUCGCUGACCGUCAUGCUGCCCUCCGUCGUCUACUCCAUCCUCGUCUACAUCGUCAACCUGUACUACCGCCAGCUGGCCACCUACCUCACCGAGUGGGAGAACCACCGAACGCAGUCGCAGUUCGAGCGGCACCGCGUCAUCAAGCUGGUGGCGUUCGAGUUCGUCAACACGUUCAUGGCGCUGUUCUACAUCGCGUUCGUCUACCAGGACAUGGACAUGCUCCGGUACCAGCUCGCCACCAUGCUCAUCAUCCUGCAGGUGGUGAACAACGCGCAGGAGGCGGUGCUGCCCCUGGUGAUGCGCUGCCUCAGCAAGGUGCCCUCGCCGCCCCGGGUGCCCGAGUCGUCGAGCGUGCGCACCGUGUCCUCUGCCGGCGACGGCGGCGGCAGCGGCCUCCGCUACCGGGGGCUGACGCGCGCCUCCACCAACGAGCUGUACCCGGGCGUGCCCGAGGUGCUGCAGGGCAUCCCGGAGCUGGAGCCGGACGACCCGCGGCAGCGGCAGGCGCUGGCCGAGGGCGCCAUGGACGUGUACGAGGGCACGUACGACGACUACCUGGAGGUGUUCAUCCAGUUCGGCUACGUGUUCCUGUUCUCGGCCGUGUACCCGCAGGCGGCGCUGUGGGCGCUGCUCAACAACCUGAUGGAGAGCCGCGUGGACGCGUUCAAGCUGUGCCGCCUGUUCCAGCGGCCACUGGCGCGCAGGGUGAAGGACACGGGCGCCUGGCAGCGCGCCUUCGAGGCCGUGGGCGCCAUGUCCAUCAUGACCAACUGCGGGCUGCUGUGCGUGUCGCCGCCCAUGCGCCGCCUGGCCCCGGACCUGUCGCCGACGCAGUGGGUGCUGCGCUGGGUGGCCGUCGAGCACCUGCUCAUGGGCGUGCGCUACGUCCUGCACCAGGCCAUCCCGGACAAGCCCGAGUGGGUGCGCGUCGCCCUGGCCAAGCUCAACUACCAGAGCAAGCAGGCCCUGCGCAAGGAGCGUGCGCUCAAGAGACGCAUGUCAUCGCGACGCUCGCCCAAGAAACCCUUAGACUGAUCACGACGCCGUGCGCUCUCGACUCGACUGAUAUGGUAACUCUGCGUCCGUCUCUUCCACUCGCGCAGAGCCGCUGCUGCGAGCAACUGUUUUUAAUUAACGAGUCUGUUCCCGUCUGCUGUACGUACUUACCCAAUGUCUUCUCCCGUCUGUCUUUUAUAGUUAUGUAAUUGUUUUUUUACAUUUUAUAAUGAUUGUGAAGUGUUGUUUAAUAUUCCCCACCGCUGGCUUGUGGGGUGCGUUAUUCGCAAUUGACUGUUUUAAAUAAAAUUGUUUUCUUUUUUGUGA